CCUGCCCAACUAUGUUUGAGCAACUGACCUGGCAACGGGGUGGACCUGACAAACAGCCUCCUUUACUGUCUCUUCAGGCCACCAUGGUGCUGCUCAGGUUCCUGAUGCUUCUUUUUGCUCUGAUUGUCUCUGACCUCCACAGUCUACCCUGGUUCAUAAAUGUCUCCGAACGCGAGGGCCCUGGCACCAUCCUUCAGUCUUUCUCGUUCAACUGCUCCUCCCACAUGCCCACCCUGGAAUUGGUCAAUGUGCAACCACCUACCACCUUCUUCAACCCACCCAGCCUGACUAGGUGGCAGGGGAUCUAUGUGGGAAAGGUGACCUUGAGCAGCUCAGCUCGGCUGGAUGCCCUGGCAGUAAACCACUAUGAGCUGCAGCUGCGGUACACAUGUGGCAACCUUGUGAUGGAGGGACCACUCUUUGUGGAUGUGCAGCGGGCCUCUGGCCAUGUCCAGUGUGUUGGUCAAUUUGUUAGCCCAGGUGGGGAAAUCAUCCAGGUGCCAGAGACAGUCAAACCUGGGGCCCAGUUAUACACGCUGCUGCUCCCAGGCCUAGAAGUCCAGGGAACUCAGAUAAACAUUAUCAGUGCCCAGGAUCCUCCAUACUUCCCUGGACCUUUCUCCAUCAGUGAGCAGGGUUGUCUGCAGGCACCAUCUCAGGGUCUCAAAGGCCACGCUCAGAAGAUCUUUCGGCUGCAGAUCUCAGUGUUUUUUGGACAAGGCCAAAGCUGCCAAGGGAUGCUGAUGGUGAAGGUUUUGCCUGUUCCCUCCAGCCAGGUCUCUUUCCUACAGAAGACCCAGAGUAUCACCAUUCCUGAGGACAAAGUUCCUGGAAGCAAGGUGGUUCAAGUCCAGGCUAGGGGCUUCGACUUACGCUAUGAAAUCUUCUCUCCAAUGCCCAGCCCACUCUACUCCAUUGGAAGCGCGGAUGGGGUGGUCCGAACCACCGUGCCCCUAGAAUUGGCUCACGCCCGAGGUGCAGCAGUCACGAAGCUGCAAGUGAAGGCCUUCGAGCGGCUUCGGCCAUGGGCCAGUGCGGAGCUGGAUCUCACUGUGAACGUGCUCUCUGUCAAUCGCUGGCCCCCACACUGCAUUCCAGCUCUUCUGGUGACUCAAAUCCCAGAGACCUCACCUGUGGGCACCGUGCUGAACACACUCACUUGCACUGACCCAGACUCUACUGGUGCCACCCUGGACUACCAGCUGUGGCUCCACAGCCCUCCUGACCUUGCCAGUCUCUGCCUUCGUGACAGGGUCCUUGAGGUGAAUGCUACGUUGGACUGUGAUACUCCUGGGGCCUGCUUCCAGCAUGCAGCCUCCAUCCUGGUGCUUGAUCACGGUCAACCCCAGAUGACCACUGAGGUGCCAGUACUGGUGAUGGUGACACCUGUCAAUGAGUUCACUCCAGCCUGUGCCCCACACACAUUCUGGGUUCGGGAAGAUGCAGGGCCCCACACUCUGCUGGGCACUGUGUUGGGCACGGAUAUGGAUUACCCACGCAACAGCAUUGAGUACUACACAACUGGUGGACCUUCUAUCUUUGCUGUGGACCAUCUCAGUGGAGAGAUUCAUCUCCUGGGGACUUUGGAUUAUGAGCAGCAGAGGUUGUACAGGCUCAUUGUCCUGCUGAUUGACCAUGGCCAAGACUGGGACCCCACCUACCACCGCUCAGGUUCCUGUACCAUUACCAUUGAGGUUGAGGAUGUGAAUGACCAUCCCCCUGAGUGUGAGCCCCCAUUUCAGGAACUUACAAUCUAUACUACUCUGGGCCAUAGUGUGGAGGUGACCAAAGUGUCAUGCUGGAUCCCCCAGGAGCCACAGCGCCUGACUUUCUCCUACAGCAUCAUGGGAGAAAAUAGCAAGAACCAGUUCAGAAUGCAAGAGGCCAUCCUGGUGCACAAUUACUCUUUGUUGGAGCCUCCUUGGCCAGAACAGUCUUGUACCUAUGAGCUACUGAUCCAUGUGGCUGAUGCAGGUCCCUUCAUCCCCCACCUCAGCACCACAGCCACCAUCAUUGUGCAUCUAGUUCCCUGGAGGGCCAGCACGGUGGCCACCAGCACCCAAAGAACCACAGUACCCUCAGUGAUGACAUCCCUGCUUGUAACAAACACAGAGACUUUCUGGCACCCGGAACCCUGGUUUGUGGUGGUGCUGACAGCAACUGGUGCCCUUCUGCUCUUGGCUCUAGGAUGGCUGGUUAGCAAGCUCCUUCAGAGGUUCACCCAGGUACUUAAGGCUCCAAGCAAACCAGCCCAGGCUCUGAUGCUAAACAGCAUCCAGGGGAAUGAAGGAUCCAUUGAGGGAUUCAUGGAUGCACAAAGGAUGGAGAUGUCCCGGGCACCCAGCAGUGUCAUGAAUCUGGUAUAGGCCGAGAUUACCUGUUCAACGUGAGUUCAAGAGCCCAGCGCUGGCUCUGAGGUCAAGCAUCUACUUCACUGUGUGGAAUUUCUUCGUCACAUGAUCAUGUUCUGUGAUUUCAAGUUGAUUCAAAAAUAA